CUUGCUCAUUAGUGCUGCACUGAUCCUCGGUCAGUUUGUGCAAACUGGCAUAAGAUGCACAGUCAAUACUUUGGCGCUAGUAACAACCUCCAAAUCUAAAAAUCAGGAUCUUCUUCAGUGGUCAGUGAUGAUUGGGAGAUGACGGGACUGUUGGUGCUGUGUGUUUUUUCAGUCGUGUUCAACGACAUCUCUGCCUCUACUGAAGUCUGCACCAAUACCCUCCUACCUGGAGCUAAAGGAGACCAAGGUGAGAUUGGAGAGGAGGGAGAUCAGGGAAAACUGGGAAAAAAUGGACCACCAGGACUUCCAGGAGUGUCAGGAGAGAUGGGGCUUGAAGGCGAUGUGGGCCACACAGGAAAGAUGGGGCCUAUUGGAGACAAAGGUAACAAAGGUGACACAGGUUUGGAGGGGCCUUCUGGUUUAAAGGGGAAACCUGGCACAACAUGUGACUGUGGCAGGUACAGGAAGGUGGUUGGACAGCUGGAUGUCAAUGUAGGCAAGCUGAGGAAGGCUGUCAAGUUUGUGAAGAAUGUCAUCUUGGGGCUGAAGGAAACAGAAGAGAGUUACUACCUGCUGGUGAAGGAGCCCAAGAGGUUCAGAGAGGCUUUAAUAAACUGCAAGCUGAGAGGAGGCACCCUGGCCAUGCCAAAAACCAGCAACACCAACCGUCUCAUGGCAGACUAUGUCAGUCAGGCAGGACUGACAAGAGUUUAUGUGGGACUGCAGGCUCAAAGCAAGGACGCAGUUGGAGCAAGUGGUUAUGUUUAUGCAGACUCCAGUCCUCUGCAGGGUUUUGCAGCUUGGAGCCAAGAGGAGGAGGUCAAUUCCAGAGUAUCUCCCACCACAAACUCAAGCUGUGUGGAGCUGCUCAGCACUGGGACAUGGAGUCAUGUCGAGUGUGAAGCCACUUUGUUUUUUAUCUGCGAGUUCCCAAAGAGCAGGAGAAGAGGAGGAGCAGGAGGAGAGGGAAAUUGAAAAUCUAGAUUUGGCGUGGCUUACACGAUUAGAUCUGUUUGGACCUACAGAAUCCUGGAGGAAAAACGUAAAAAUACAAAAAAAAGGUCUGAGACCUAUGGUUCAAAAGUUGCAGGCUAAAAGGUAAAGUUUGUUGUUAUAGUGCCACCAACUGGCCAAUUUGCUCUAAAUUUGCCAUUGGGUCCUCAGCAACACACCAGCCAAGCGUGAAGCAGAUAGAAAGAUUCUCAACAAUUGUGAAGAAUAAACAGACAGACAGACAGAGAGUCCUUGAUUUAUAGUAAGUCAAAAAUAAAACUAAAUCUAUCAAAUGGAGUGUAAAAAUAUACAGCUUUAUACUUUUCCUUAACCUACAAUGUCUUGGUUUAAAAAGGCAAAGCUUUUUUCCCCACCACAAAUCCAUUGAUAAUAUGCAUUAAAAGUGAUAUCUACUUUCUCUAUUAUUAAGUAAUUAAGUAAUUUGCAGCCUUAAUAAUACUGUAUGUGCCCUGAAUGUUUUUUAGUGUUGGUGUUUUAUUCAGGGAAAUAAUGUUAAUAAUUUUACCAUGGAAUCAAAGUUAAAAUUGAUUAAAAUGUAUCUGGGCAAAAGAUUUCAGUGAAAUACAUUCUUGAAAUGCAUAUCCACUGUGACAAGCUGAACUACUCCAAGGUCUAAACUUGGAGGGCAGAAUGUCCCUGCUAGAUGAAAGGCUGUGCCUUCAGAGUCCAGAAUCACUUAAUAUUGUGUUAUGGUGAAAAUAAAAGAUCAUCUUCAGU